UCUAAUGCAUGGAAUCAAUUGCUCCUCCAUCUUCUCUCUUUUCUAUGUUGUUAGAAAAUGGGAAGCUUUCGAUGAACCCAAAAAGCUAAAAAUCUGAGUUCAAAAUAAAAAAUGAAAGAUCUUUGAGAGAGGUCCAUUUCACUCCACACCAAGAACCAAAAGAAGAAGCAAAAAAGGGGGAAAAAUGGCAUCUUCAGGCUAUAAUCUCAACUCUUUUUCUUAUUUUCCUCCUUCCACUGCCUCCUAUAAUCUCCCUCUCUCUCUUCCUUCAAUUCUCGGCUGUGACCCUUCUUCAGCGAACAACAAUAACUCUACUUUCAACAUCCAUCAACCCCACCAAGAUCCAGUCUCUUUUCUAGCUGCUCCAUAUUUCCCCAUCGGCCACUUCUCGGGAACGUCGAUGCCGCCAGAGACCAUGAUCAACUUUGCGGUCUCGGGGAACAAUGUUCAAGCUCUAGGCAACGUCCCGAGUGGACCGACGGGCGGGAAGAAGGAUCGGCAUAGCAAGAUUUACACGGCGCAAGGUUUGAGGGACCGGAGAGUGAGAUUGUCAAUCGACAUAGCUCGAAAGUUCUUUGAUUUGCAAGACAUGUUAGGGUAUGACAAGGCAAGCAAAACCCUAGAGUGGCUCUUUAGCAAAUCUAGAAAAGCAAUCAAAGAUCUUUCAAGGACCAAGCAUUUUGGGGUUAAUAGUUAUGGAGGAGCUAAGAGAAUGUCUUUGGAUUCAGAUGUUGAAGAAGAAGAUCAAGAGGAAGAAGAACAAGGAGGAAUGUUGAGUAUUGAUCAUAAUGAAGAGGAAAAAGUGAGUAAAAAGGUUGAAGUUUUUCAUCUUCUUUCUAAAGAAUCAAGAGCCAAGGCUAGGGAGAGGACCAUGGACAAGAAGCAAGUUGUCGAAAAUAAUGGCGUCGAGAAAAUUUUCGGUCACCGAAAGAGCAGUGGAGAAGAAGUUUCGAAUUGUUGGAAUAAGCAUUUGGAUCAGAGUACUGAAACUUCAACUUUGCCGAUGCAGGAAUCCGUCUUCAUGAACAAGAGAAAGAUUUGUGCUAAGAAAUUCAUCGACGACGACAACACGAAACCCGACACCGAAAUCUCUCAAUGGAAGCUUUUGGAUCAGGUCAAGCCUUCAAUAGGGCUUUUACAAGAACCCUCCAUCACCAAGAGGAAGUGGAGACCUUCCAUUAUUUCUGGUUCUUCUCAGACAAAUCUUCUCAUCUCCAUUGAUGGCCUUCCCAUUAACUUAACUCAAAAUUGGGAUAAUAGUAGCAGCAAUCCCAAUUAUCCCUUUCCUAAGUAAAUUGGUCUCUUUAGGAUUUUAGAGCUUAUUGCAAACCCUUUUGACAAAUCAAGAUCAAAUGGAGCCAACAGAAUAUAAAAAACACUGCCAUUUUUAUAUGGGUUUUUUCUUCAACUACCACUUGAAUGUUCAUU